AGAACUGAAAAAACAAUAAAUUAAUUAGAAAAAAAAAGAAGGAAAAAAUACGUGCGAGACUCUUCCAGGUUCCACUUCUCUCUUUCUUCGUUCUUCAUCGCUAUGAGGAAACUAGAGGAAUACUUCAAUCGGUUCGUUCACUGUAUAUAUAGAAACUUGUAGAGAUUCACAAUCUCAGUGUUAGAAGGUGAUUAGUAGAAAGUCGGAAAGAUGUUGGAAGAUCAAGUAGCGUAUUUGUUGCAGAGGUAUUUGGGGAACUAUGUUAUAGGACUCAAUAAAGAAGCACUUAAGAUCAGCGUUUGGCAAGGCGAUGUAGAACUAGUAAAUAUGCAAUUGAAACCAGAGGCUCUCAAUGCAUUGAAGUUACCUGUAAAAGUCAAGGCAGGAUUUCUUGGAUCUGUGAGACUCAAGGUACCAUGGAGCAGGCUUGGCCAAGAUCCAGUUCUAGUUCACCUGGAUCGUAUUUUUUUAUUAGCUGAACCAGCAACCCAAGUUGAAGGAUCUACCGAAGAUGCUAUCCAAGAAGCUAAGAAGAGUAGAAUACGAGAAAUGGAAACAAAGCUUCUGGAGAGUAAACGAAUGCUAGAGACAGAAAUGAAUAAGUCCUGGUUGGGGUCUUUGAUCAACACAAUAAUUGGGAACUUAAAGCUUUCAAUUUCAAAUAUCCACAUCAGAUAUGAAGAUCUUGAGAGCAAUGCUGGCCACCCUUUUGCAGCUGGUAUUACCUUAGAGAAACUAUCAGCUAUGACCGUAGAUGAUAGUGGGAGUGAAGCCUUUGUAACUGGAAAUGCAUUGGAUUUCAUACAGAAGUCUGUAGAACUUGAACGGCUAGCUGUUUAUUUCGAUUCUGAUAUCACUCCAUGGCAUAUUGACAAACCAUGGACAGAUUUGCUACCACAGGAGUGGGUCAAGAUUUUCAGAUAUGGAACGGCUAAUGGUAAACCUGCUGAUCACAUCAAAGAGCAUUCUUACAUUUUGCAACCAGUGACUGGGAACGCUAAGUUCUUGAAACAGCGCCCUAAUCCUUCACGUGAUAAUUUGGACCCUCUUCAAAAGGCAGUCGUGGCUCUGGACGAUGUGACUCUUUGUUUGUCAAAGAAUGGCUAUAGGGAUUUAUUAAAGUUAGCGGAGAACUUUGCUGCCUUCAAUCAACGGUUGAACUAUGCUCAUCUUCGUCCACAUGUUUCGGUGAAAUCUGAUCCAAGGUCUUGGUGGAAGUAUGCUUAUCAAGCUUUAUCUGUUCAGAUAAAGAAGGCCAGUGGGAAGUUGUCAUGGGAGCAGGUCCUGCGGUAUACAAGGUUGAGGAAGAAAUAUAUCUCUUUGUAUGCUUCAUUGCUGAAAUCCGAGCCUGAUCGGAUGGUAAUAGAUGAUAAUAAAGAUUUAGAAGAACUGGAUCGCACACUUGAUGCUGAAAUCAUUCUUCAAUGGAGGAUGCUGGCACACAAAUUUGUGCAGAAGUCAGUAGAGUCGGAUUCUUACCUAAAAAAACAAAAGUCAAAGAAAUCUUGGUGGUCUUUUGGCUGGUCCAGCCAAUCAGUUGACGAUGAAAGUGAGCAAGCAGAGUUUACUGAGGACGACUGGGAGAGGUUAAAUAAUAUAAUUGGGUAUAAAGAAGGUGAAGAAGAACCACUGUUGGCUACUCAUGACAGGAGAGAUGUGCCACAUACCACCUUGGAGGUUCACAUGAAGCACAAUGCCUCAAAGCUUAGUGAUACUAACAGCUGCCUUGCUGAUUUGUCAUGUGAUAACCUUGAUUGUUAUAUAAAGCUUUAUUCAGAAGCAAAGGUUUUUGAUGUAAAACUAGGAUCAUAUCAGUUAUGGUCUCCAAAUGGCCUUCUUGCUGAGAGUGCAACUGUCAAUGAUUCCUUGGUUGCUGCAUUUUGCUACAAGCCUUUCGAUUCCAACAUUGACUGGAGUUUGGCGGCUAAAGCUUCUCCGUGUUAUGUGACAUAUCUGAAGGAUUCGAUUGACCAAAUUAUCAACUUUUUUGAAAGUAAUGCUGCUGUGAGUCAGACCAUAGCUCUGGAAACAGCUGCUGCAGUACAGAUGACAAUUGAUGAAGUCAAACGAACUGCACAAGAACAAGUAAACAGAGCUCUGAAGGAUCAAUCUAGGUUUUUCUUAGAUUUGAAAAUUGCAGCUCCAAAAAUUACAAUUCCUACAGAUUUCUGUCCAGAUAGCACUCACUCAACUAAGCUGCUUCUUGACUUGGGAAAUUUGGUGAUUUCUACAAAGGAUGAUUCUGAGAUUGUUUUACCUGAAGAGAUGAAUAUGUAUGUUCAGUUUGAUAUGGUCUUGAGCGAUGUUUCUGCUUUCCUGGUUGAUGGUGAUUAUUAUUGGAGUCAAACUCCAACAAAUGGAGUUGGUCCAUCUAGAUCCACUUUUGUUACUUUUUUGCCUGUUAUUGACAAGUGUGCUGUGGUUCUAAAGCUGCAACAGAUCCGACUAGAGAAUCCUGCCUUUCCUUCGAUGAGACUUGCAGUGCGUCUUCCUUCUUUAGGAUUCCAUUUUUCUCCUGCUCGGUAUCAUCGGUUGAUGCAAGUUGCAAAGAUAUUUGAAGCAGAGGAAAUAAAUGAUUCAGAUGUUUAUCGGCCUUGGACACAGUCUGAUUUUGAGGGGUGGUUGUGUCUUCUUACCUGGAAGGGUGUUGGUGGUAGGGAGGCUAUAUGGAAGCGUAGAUACCUAUGUAUUGUUGGAUCCUUCCUUUAUAUACUGGAAAAUCCUGGCUCUAGAUCUUACAAGCAGUAUAUCAGUUUACGAGGGAAGCAACUAUAUCAAGUUCCUCCAAAUGAUGUUGGCAAUGAACAAUAUGUGUUGGCUGUCUACAGUGCUGAACGAUCCAACAACAUUGUGGAAGAUGCAAAUGCAUUAAUAUUACGUUGUGACUCUGAAGAUUUAAAGAAAACAUGGCAGAGUCACUUGCAGGGGGCCAUCUAUCGGGCAUCGGGAUCAGCUCCUAUAACUGGUUUAUCUGAAUCAUCAUCCGAGUCUGAAGAUUAUGAAGCUGAUCAUGCAGGCAAUGAUAUAAUUGAUCUCUCACAAAUGGAGAGUCUGUAUUUGACCGGUGUUCUUGAUGAGUUAAAGAUGUCCUUCAAUUAUAGUCAUGAGCAUGAUCAGAGUUUUACUAAGGCACUUCUAGCUAAGGAAAGAGGCUUAUUUGAAUUUCGAGCAACAGGUGGUCGGGUUGAACUUUCAAUUAGAGGUAAUGAUAUUUUUAUAGGGACUCUCCUGAAAGCUCUUGAGAUAGAAGAUUUGGUUUGCCAGACAGGGAUGUCUGGCUCUUGCUAUCUAGCACGAUCCUUCAUCAGAAAUAUUACUGCACCCCCCCUUUUAAAUGAUGUUGAGACCCAAUGCAAUGAAUCUAGUCAAUAUGAAGGAGAAGAGGAGUUCUAUGAGGCAUCUGAAAAUUUAAAUGACCUGGUUGAUAGUCCUUAUUCAUCGGGAAACUCUUUACCUUCAGAAAAGACCAUGUCAAAGGCUCCUAGUUUUAAUCGUUUUGCUGGUCUUCUGCCUAUCGAUUUUAACGAUAGUGGAACUAAUCCUGUAAUAAUGAAUGAUACAUUAGAUAGUUUUGUGACGGCUCAAGUGGCUAUUUAUGACCGGAAGUCACCUCGCUAUACUAGCACUGAUACAAAGGUAGUUGUCACACUUGCUACCUUGUCUUUUUUCUGUCGUAGACCAACAAUACUGGCAGUAAUGGAAUUUGUAAAUGCCAUUAAUGUGGGGGAAGAAAUCCCUGAGUCUUUCAGUGACACUUCUUCAUCAGCCAUUACACAGCAUGAUUAUCCCAAGGAAAAUGUGGUUGAUUCUGAGGAAACAAUGGAUGUGCCUGCAGUGAAGGGUUUGCUUGGGAAGGGGAAGUCUAGGAUUAUAUUUGGUCUGACAUUGAACAUGGCUCGUGCCCAGAUUUUGCUGAUGAAAGAGGGUGGAUCUAAGCUCGCUACCUUGUCUCAGGACAAUUUUCUUACUGAUAUCAAGGUGUUUCCAUCUUCUUUUACAAUAAAGGCAUCUCUUGGAAAUCUGAGAAUUAGUGAUGACAGCCUUCCUAGUAGUCACCUUUAUUUCUGGGCAUGUGAUAUGAGGAAUCCUGGUGGUAGUUCUUUUGUAGAGCUGGAGUUUUGUUCAUUCAAUGUUGAUGAUGAAGACUAUAUGGGUUAUGAUUACAGCCUUAUAGGCCAGCUGUCCGAAGUGAGGAUUGUUUAUUUGAAUCGCUUUAUCCAAGAGAUUGUCAGUUACUUCAUGGGUCUUGUUCCAAACAGUUCCAAUGAUGUUGUCAGAAUAACAGAUCAAGUUACAAACUCAGAGAAGUGGUUUACAAGAAGUGAGGUUGAAGGAUCGCCUGCUUUCAAGUUGGAUCUUUCUCUAAGAAAGCCGAUAAUAUUAAUGCCUCGAAGGACUGAUAGCCUUGAUUAUUUGAAGCUUGAUGUUGUUCACAUUACUGUCCAAAACAAGUUUCAGUGGUUUUGUGGUAGCAAAAGUGAUAUGAAUGCUGUACACCGGGAAAUAUUAACUAUAUCUGUCGAAGAUAUCAAUUUAAAUGUGGGUGCCGGCUCCGAAUCGGGUGAGAGUAUCAUCCAAGACGUCAAUGGAGUUUCAAUUGUUAUACUGCGAUCACUGCGGGACCUAUUACAUCAAAUUCCUAGUGUUGAAGUUGCUAUCAAGAUUGAAGAAUUAAAAGCUGCUCUAUCAAGCAAGGAGUAUGAGAUAAUUGCAGAAUGCGCGCAGGAAAAUCUUUCAGAGACUCCUAAUGUUGUGCCGCCUCUGAUAGAUGACUCCUCAUCACCUUCAGCUGAAAAGGCACAACAUUUAUCAGCGAGAAAUUCUGAUGUUGUUAAAUCUGAAGCUGAAGAUAAAGAUAAAGAUAAGUGGAUUGUAACCAAGGUCUCUAUUGCUAUUAAUCUGGUUGAGCUUGGCCUUCACUAUGGAUUGACAAGGGAUGCAUCGCUUGCAACGAUGCAGGUAAGUGGUCUGUGGCUUCUCUACAAAUCCAAUACAGUGGGAGAAGGCUUUUUGUCUUCAACACUUGAAGAUUUCACCGUGAUGGAUAAUCGUGAAGGUAUAGCACAGGAACUCAGGUUGGCAAUUCGGAAGCCGGAAACAAUUGGGUAUAAUCCUUCACAAUCAGUGGCUGAUGCUGGUGCAUAUGCUGGCAUGACCUUGAAUACUAUUAAUGACGAGGACAUGAAACUUGUACCUGCAAUGGUUAUUCUCGAUGCAAGAUUCAAUGAAAAUUUGACAUCGUUUUCUCUCUUCAUUCAAAGGCCACAACUUCUAGUUGCACUUGAUUUUUUGCUUGCUGUUGUGGAGUUUUUUGUACCAAAUGUUCGAAGUAUGCUGGCAAAUGACGAUGAUGGAAGUUCUCAUACUGUAGAUGCUGUUAUUCUUAAUGAUUCAGUUUUUAACCAGCCUUCUCCGGAACUCUCACUCUCUCCUCAGAGACCUUUGGUUGCUGAUGAUGAAAGGUAUGAUCUUUUCAUAUAUGAUGGCAAAGGUGGAAUUUUGUUUUUGCAAGAUAGGAGAGGAAAAAAUCUCUCUUGUCCGAGUGAAGAGGCUAUAAUUUACGUUGGAAGUGGAAAGAAGUUGCAAUUUAGGAAUGUUAAGAUCAAGAAUGGAAAAUAUUUGGAUUCAUGCAUUUUACUUGGAUCCAAUAGCAGUUAUUCUGCUUCAGAGGAUGAUGAAGUCCUCCUUGAUGAAGCUUCAUGUGUAGGACCAUUGGAGGAUGAUUCUGGAGAGACUGUGGAUGCUGUGCCAUCACAAAAUCCUAAUGUCAGCAGAUCUACAGAAUUGAUAUUUGAGCUGAAGGCUAUUGGUCCAGAGCUUACCUUCUAUAAUACAUCAAGAAGUGUGGGAGAGUCUGCUGCUCUUUCGAACAAAUUAUUGCACACACAGUUGGAUGCAUUCUGCAGGAUUGUUCUAAAAGGUGAUACAUUUGACGUGAAUGCAAAUGUUCUUGGAUUAACUAUGGAGAGCAAUGGAGUCAGAAUAGUGGAACCUUUCGAUACCUCUGUGAAGUUCUCUAAUGCUUCUGGAAAGUCAAAUAUACAGUUGUCUGUGUCCGAUAUUUUUAUGAACUUUUCGUUCAGCAUCUUAAGACUGUUUUUGGCAGUUGAGGAUGAUAUCUUAGCAUUUUUGAGGACCACAUCAAAGAAAAUGACUGUGGUGUGCUCCGAGUUUGACAAAGUUGGGACUAUCAAAAGUCCGUGUAACCAAAUAUAUGCUUUCUGGAGAGCUCGAGCUCCACCUGGUUAUGGAACAAUUGGAGACUAUCUGACACCAAUUGACAAACCACCCACAAAAGGAGUCAUUGCUCUGAAUACCAGCUUUGUCAGAGUAAAGAGGCCUGAGUCUUUCAUGCUCAUUUGGCCCUCAUCCCCCUACGAGGAUGGUGAAUUGGGGCCAACCACGUGUUUAUCUAAAGAAGAUAGCACUUGUUCCAUUUGGUUCCCUAAAGCACCGAAAGGUUAUGUUGCAGUGGGCUGUGUAGUCUCUCCUGGAAGUAUGGAACCUCCAAUAUCGUCUGCCUGGUGCAUCUUAGCUUCUUUAGUUUCACCAUGUGAUCUGAGAGAUUGUGUUUAUAUUGGCAUGAUGAAUCGAUCUUCCGAAUUGGCAUUCUGGCGUGUGGAUAAUUCCAUUGGUACCUUCCUGCCUUCAGAUCCGACUACUUUGAAGUUGUGCGGCAGAGCAUACGAUCUUCGGCGUAUUUUCUUUGGGCUUCCCAGAGAUUUUUCUGAAACAUCAAAGAGCUCAGAAACUGGGGUUUCGUCUGGUCAAAAUCACGCAGUUCAAUCAGAGAGGUCAUCUACAGUAAACUCUCGUCGCAGGUUUGAAGCCAAUGCUACAUUUAGGCUAAUUUGGUGGAAUCAAGGUUCUGGAUCUAGAAAGAAAUUAUCUAUAUGGCGCCCUAUUAUUCCUCAAGGGAUGGUAUAUUUUAGUGAUAUUGCAGUUCAAGGGUAUGAGUCUCCAAAUACUUGCAUUGUACUUCAGGAUUCUGAUGAGCUUUACAAAGCCCCUUCAGACUUUACGCUUGUGGGACAGAUAAAGAAACAUAGAUCAGUGGAUGGUAUAUCUUUUUGGAUGCCCCAGCCUCCUCCAGGCUUUGUAUCCUUGGGUUGUAUAGCCUGCAAAGGAGCACCAAAUCAAUCUGAUUUUGGUUCCUUAAGAUGCAUCCGCAGUGAUAUGGUUGCUAGUGAUCAGUUUUCGGAACAAAGCAUUUGGGAUACAUCUGAUUCCAAAUUCACGAGGGAACCAUUUAGUUUGUGGGUUAUUGGAGAUGAGUUGGGACCUUUCAUUGUUCGCAGUGGUUUCAAGAAACCUCCAAAGAGGCUUGCUUUAAAGCUUGCUGAUCGAGAUAUGGCUAGUGGUUUAGAGGAUAUGGUGGUUGAUGCAAAAAUCAGAACAUUCUCUGCAGCCCUUUUUGAUGAUUAUGGUGGCUUGAUGGUUCCUUUGUGUAACGUGUCUUUCAGUGGCAUAACUUUCAAUUUACAUCAAAGGUCUGACUAUCUGAAUUCCAGUGUGACCUUUUCCUUGGCUGCUAGAUCAUACAAUGAUAAGUAUGAUUCUUGGGAGCCUCUUUUGGAGCCAGUUGACGGAUCAUUGAGGUACCAGUACGAUGUCCAUGCUCCUGGUGCAGCUUCCCAGAUUCGUCUUGCAUCUACAAGGGAUUUGAACUUAAAUAUAUCUGUGUCUAAUGCCAACACAAUAUUUCAGGCCUAUGCCAGCUGGAAUAACCUCAGCCAUGCCAAGGAGUCCUACCAGGAUGCAGUCUCACCAACUGGAGGAAGCAGGUCCAUCAUUGAUGUUCAUCACAGAAGAAAUUACUUCAUUAUCCCACAGAAUAAUCUUGGUCAGGACAUUUUCAUAAGAGCUACAGAAAUCAGGGGACUACCCAGCAUAAUUAAAAUGCCUUCUGGAGAUAGCAAACCAAUUAAAGUACCUGUUGCGAAGAAUAUGCUAGAUUCACACUUGAAAGGAAGUUUUUUUGAAAAAGGCAAUAUAAUGGUGACAAUAAUCAUAGCAGCUGCAGAGUUCCAACAGGUUGAAGGCUUGUCUUCUCAUGAGUAUGCCGUAGAAGUCCGUCUUGCUCCAGAUCAGAGUCACCCUUGUCCAUCUCUGUCCAUUCAACAAAGUGCACGCACUCGUGGCAAUAGCUCAUAUGGUUCUAUAUCUUCUGAUAUAAUCUCAGUGAAAUGGAAUGAAGUAUUUUUCUUCAAAGUUGAUUCACCGGAUUUCUGCAAUCUGGAGCUUGUUGUAAUGGAUAUGGGAAGAGGUUAUACUGUUGGUUAUUCAUUAGCUCCGCUGAACCAUAUAUUUAGACCCCAAGAGAAUCCAGCGUCUUACAACAGUUCACUUGAAUUCAAUUGGCUAGAGUUGUCCUCUUCGGGGUCUACGAUGAUAACUAGUGAAGGAAAAGAAAUGAAAUCAUCAGGAAGAAUAAAAUUAGCUGCUUACUUGUCUCCUCAACUUGAAGUUGGAAAGAGUGAGAAGUCCUAUAACACUAAGGCAAGAUCUGGGUUUAUCCAGAUUAGUCCUACCAGAGAAGGACCUUGGACUACUGUGAGGCUGAAUUAUGCUGCACCUGCUGCUUGUUGGCGACUAGGAAAUACUGUUGUUGCCAGUGAAGUGAGCGUAGCUGAUGGAAAUCGAUAUGUCAAGAUUAGAUCUCUGGUUUUAGUUCGUAACUACACAGAAUUUACACUGGAUUUACAGCUCACGCUCAAUGCUUCAAAUGAGAAAAAAAGACAUGAUAAUGAUGAGACACAAGAGGUUUAUGUUGAUGAAGUUGUGACAGAUGAGUUUUUUGAGACCCAGAAAUAUAAUCCUGAUAUUGGGUGGUUUGACGCUAAUGAGGGGACAAAUGAAGUUGAGCUUCCAUCAGGCUGGGAAUGGGUUGAUGAAUGGCAUGUAGAUAAGAAAUCUGUGAACACUGCUGAUGGAUGGGUUUAUGCUCCAGAUUUCAAUAGUUUGAAAUGGCCAGAGUCGUCCAAUCCACUAAAAUCUGUUAACUAUGCAAAACAGAGACGGUGGCUUAGGAACAGGAAAGGCAAGUCAAGAGAUCUCAAGGCUCAGAUUUAUGUUGGGCCUAUAAGACCUGGGGAAGUUGUUCCGUUGCCUUUAUCUGUCCUGACCCAUUCUGGACUAUACGUACUGCGAGUGCGGCCUUCUUACUUGGGAAAAACUGAAGAAUAUUCAUGGAGUUCUGUAAUGGAUGUGUCUGGAAACACUCGGGAUCUUGAGAUGCCAACAGAAAACGCUGGAAUAUCUGUAUCAAAUCUCAGUGAGUCUGAGGAACUCCUAUACUGCCCUGCAGUUAGUGGAACCUCAUCCAACAGUAACCGGGGCAUGUGGUUUUGCUUGAGUAUACAAGCAACUGAGAUCACAAAGGACAUGCACUCUGAUCCAAUUCAAGAUUGGACCCUUGUGAUCAGGCCACCCCUUGCGAUUACCAAUUAUCUUCCUCUUACUGCUGAAUAUUCUGUUCUUGAGAUGCAAGCCAGUGGUCAUUUUCUCACUUGCGUUAGAGGGAUAUUCUCUCCUGGUGAAUCUGUCAAGGUUUAUAGUGCCAACAUAAGGAAUCCUUUGUACUUCUCGUUGCUUCCACAAAGAGGAUGGUUGCCGUUACAUGAGGCUAUACUCAUAUCCCAUCCUAAGAUGGCACCUUCAAAGACAAUAAAUCUAAGAAGUUCAAUUUCUGGAAGGAUUGUUCAAGUAAUUGCUGAACAUACGCAUACCCAUGAAAGGCCGCUGCAAGCAAAGAUUACCAAGGUCUAUGCUCCUUUUUGGCUUUCAGUUGCACGAUGUCCGCCAAUUACUUUCAGGCUUAUAGACUUGAGUGGUCGGAAAACAAAGAAGAAGAUUGCUUUGCCUUUGCUAUCUAAAAGGAAUAAUGAUCUUGUCCUAGAGGAGAUCUCUGAGGAGGAAAUAUAUGAAGGAAAUACAAUUGCAUCUGUUAUAAACUUCAAGUUGCUAGGCCUUUCAGCAUCACUGUCGGGUGAGAAGAGUUUUGGUCCUGUUAAGGAUCUUUCUCCGUUGGGUGACAUGGAUGGCUCGUUGGAUUUCUGCGCCUACAACACUGAUGGAAAUUGCAUGCGGCUUUUUGUAUCAUCAAAACCUUGCCCUUAUCAAACUGUUCCAACGAAGGUUAUUACUGUUCGGCCAUUUGUUACAUUUACCAAUAGACUUGGUCAAGAUAUAUUUUUGAAAUUGAGCAGCGAAGAUGAGCCAAAGGUUUUACGUGCAUCUGAUGUCAGAGCCUCAUUUGUAUAUCGCGACACAGGUGGACCUGAUGAACUCCAGGUCCGACUGGAUGAUACAAAUUGGUCAUUUCCUGUUCAAAUUGUUAAGGAGGACACAGUUCCUCUUGUCUUGAGGAGAAAUGAUGGCACUCGGAGAUUUUUGAAGAUGGAAGUCCGUGGCUUUGAAGAGGGGUCACGUUUCAUUGUUGUUUUUCGCGUUGGAUCAACAAGGGGUCCAAUCAGGAUCGAAAACAGGACGAAGAGGAAGGUCAUUAGACUUCGGCAAUCUGGAUUUGGCAAUGAUGCAUGGAUCCAGCUAUUGCCUCUUUCAACCACAAACUUUUCAUGGGAGAAUCCCUAUGGCCAAAAACUUAUUGAUGCUGAGAUUUACAGUGGCAAUAGCUCUAGGGUCUGGAAAUUUGAUUUGGAGAAGUCAGGGUUCUGUUCUGAGUGUGAUGAAUUAGGCUUGCUUUUCCAUGUUAUAGAUAUGGCUGAUGUCAGGGUUGCUAGGUUUAUCGAUGAGGGAGCAGCAUUAUUAAGUUCAAAAGAAGGGAGCACGUCUCUUGCAGAAGUUGGAAAUCUUGGCAGUUCUCACAUACAGAACCAGAUGCAGGAGAAUGGAUCUCAUUUAGAAGUUACAGUUGAGUUGGGUGCAAUUGGGGUUUCUGUUGUGGACCAUAGACCCAGAGAGGUAUUAUAUUUGUAUCUAGACAGAGUAUUCAUAUCCUACGCUACCGGAUAUGGUGGUGGAACUACUAGCAAGUUUAAGCUUAUAUUGGGGUACUUGCAGCUUGACAAUCAACUUCCCCUCACAUUGAUGCCUGUACUUCUGGCACCUGAACAAAACAUUGAUAUGCAUCAUCCAGUCCUCAAGAUGACUUUUACAGUGCGCAAUGAGAACAUUGAUGGUGUUCAGGUAUACCCAUAUGUUAAUGUAAGGGUAACAGAUAAAUGCUGGAGGCUUAACAUUCAUGAGCCGAUAAUUUGGGCUUUUGUAGAUUUCUAUAACAAUCUUCAACUGGAUCGCCUACCAAACAGUUCUAGUGUCAGCCAGGUUGAUCCUGAAAUACGUGUGGACUUGAUUGAUAUAUCUGAACUAAGACUGAAGUUAUCAUUAGAGAGUGCACCUGCUCAAAGACCAGAUGGGGUUCUAGGCGUAUGGGGACCAGUACUGUCGGCUGUUGGAAAUGCCUUCAAAUUACAGAUCCAUUUAAGAAAAGUGAUCCGCAGAGACAGAUUUAUGAGAAAAAGCUCGGUCAUUUCUGCAGUGGGAAACCGUAUUUUUAGAGAUUUAAUUCAUAACCCUCUGCAUUUAAUAUUUUCAGUGGAUGUGCUGGGUAUGACAAGCUCAACUUUAGCCUCUCUCAGCAAAGGCUUUGCUCAACUAUCAACAGAUGGACAGUUUUUGCAGCUGCGUUCAAAGCAGAUAUGGUCAAGAAGAAUAACCGGAGUUGGUGAAGGGAUCAGGCAAGGGACUGAAGCCCUGGCACAAGGUGUUGCAUUCGGAGUUUCUGGGGUAGUGACAAGGCCUGUGGAGAGUGCUAGACAACAUGGCCUUCUUGGCUUUGCCCAUGGGCUUGGACGAGCUAUGGUGGGAUUCGUUGUUCAACCAGUGAGUGGAGCAUUGGACUUCUUUUCAUUGACUGUCGACGGGAUUGGUGCAAGUUGUUCUCGUUGCAUUGAAAUCCUUAGCAACAAGACCACCUUCCAUAGGAUAAGAAAUCCCCGUGCUAUUCAUGCAGACAAUAUACUUAGAGAUUACAGUGAGCGAGAAGCACAGGGUCAAGUGAUACUACACCUUGCUGAAGAGAGCCGUCAUUUUGGUUGCACUGAACUUUUUAAAGAGCCUUCUAAAUUUGCCUUGUCUGAUUAUUAUGAAAAUCAUUUUAUGGUUCCCUAUUCGCGGAUUGUUUUAGUGACUAAUAAACGUGUAAUGCUUCUCCAGUGUUUGUCUGCUGAUAAGAUGGACAAGAAGCCCUGCAAAAUCAUGUGGGAUGUACCUUGGGAAGAACUCAUGGCACUUGAAUUAGCUAAAGCUGGCUACCCUAGACCUUCUCACUUAAUCAUCCAUGUAAAAAAAUUCCGAAGGUCUCAGAAGUUUGUCCGGGUAAUAAAGUGCAACACUGAAGAUGAAACUGAGGUGCCUCAAGCUGUAAGAAUUUGUUCAGUUGUGCGUAAGAUAUGGAAAGCAUAUCAAACUGACGUGGCAUGUCUACAACUAAAGGUUCCUUCAAGCCAGAGACAUGUAUCCUUUGCAUCACAUGAUAAUGAUGGAAGAGAUUCAUUUAGCCAGAAAAAGCCUAUAAUUGAAUCAAGGGGGCUGGCUUCCUGGGGUGCUGUCUCCGAUAGAAGGAAAUUUGUUCAACAUGCUAUCACAUUUUCUAAGGUAUGGAGCAGUGAACGAGAGUUGAAAGGUCGUUGUACAUUGUGCCGGAAGAAUGUUUCAGAAGAUGAUGGGAUCUGUAGUAUCUGGCGCCCUUCCGGUUUACCCCAUGGGUACAUCUCAAUUGGGGAUAUUACUCAUGUUGGUUGUCAUCCUCCUAAUGUUUCAGCUGUAUAUCGUUAUUCUGACAAAUUAUUUGCCCUCCCAGUCGGCUAUGACCUGGUGUGGAGGAACUGCUUAGAUGAUUACACGAAUCCCAUAUCAAUUUGGCAUCCUCGUGCUCCUGAAGGCUUUGUCUCUCCUGGAUGUGUAGCUGUACCUGAUUUUGCUGAGCCGGAACCAAAUGCUGUAUACUGUGUUGCAGAAACAUUGAUCGAGGAGACAGUAUUUGAAGAACAAAAGAUCUGGGAAGCACCAGAUUCAUAUCCCUGGGCAUGUCAUAUCUACCAGGUGCGCAGUGAUGCACUUCAUUUUGUUGCUCUCAGGCAACCAAGGGAAGAAUCUGAUUGGAAGCCAAUGAGAGUUAUCGAUGACCCACAGCUUCACAUUGACGCGUAGUAAGCUUGUUUCCUUGUAUUCCAGUGUCUAAUAACCCAGUAAACAAAGCAGCUUUCUUGAUUUUGCUUUCCCCGUUGGAGAAAUACUGGUUUGUGGCGCUACUUCCUUCUUAAUUGAAAAGUAGUCUCGAGUAGUUUGUACAGUCCAAACUGUGUAUUGAUGUACAUAGUUGUACCAUUGGGAUCACAACGACAUGUUAUGGAUCUUCCUCAGAGGCUCCUUUUCCCUAAUUUUUGGUACUGAUCAUUUUACAGCAAUCAAAAGCUCCUUUAAGCUUUAUAGUUAU